GUGCUCGUACUCGCAGUUCGCAAGAAAACUUUAAGAAGAACACUUGACUGCUAGUCAGCACUAAAAAACAAGUGUCUUUUAGCCUUAGGCUAAUUUAUUUACAGUCUCAGACAAUCGCUCUCACUUCCUGCCUGUUUCUUCUUGUGUCAUUAUACUAGUCUGGGACACCUUGAAAGAUUGAGCUAGUAGAUACAAAGAGAAAAGAAGACCAACAAGAUGGAUCUGUUACCUGCCUUAGAACCUUGCCCUUCCAUUGACUUUGAAGAUCUCUAUGCAGCUCAGCCAGGAGCCUCAGGAGCCCCAAGGUCGGUCGAGUCAAGUGAUCUAGAAGAAGAAACCUCCGCUGAGACUUGUACCAGUAUAGUUCACUCUCAGAGCCCCUCUUCAAGUGGUCUAGGAGGAGAAACUUUCAUUAAUAUUUUUACCACUAUAGUUCACUCUUUGAUGUGCCACAUACAAGGAAGCCUGGAGACCAAUGAGUUUGCUCAAAGAGCAAUAGAGUCGUUGGUUUUAAAAAUAAAAGACAAAAGUGACGAAUUGGAAUCAUUAGUGACAGCCAUUACCACUGGUGGGACUAAACCAUCAAUAUGUGUCACAAUACCAAGAACUCUUGAUGGAAGACUUCAAGUCUCUGGUCGUAAAGGCUAUCCUCAUGUGAUGUAUGCUAAGAUUUGGCGUUGGCCUGAUCUACACAAAGAUGAGUUGAGAUGUAUCGAGUUAUGUCAGUACGCCUUUGAUCUCAAUCGGGAAAGUGUCUGUGUGAACCCGUACCACUAUGAAAGGGUUGUAUCUCAAGGUCCAAGUUCUUGUGAUAUUGUUGGUUCUAAUGUUGUUCAUCACAAGCCCCCUCCGCCUUUAUUACUACAUGUAAAUCAGGAAGCAAUGGAGGAAUCACCUGGAGUUGGCGGAUAUUUCAAUACACAAGGCAUGAUGGCAGCUGCUGCCAGUCAGCAACAGGAAUACAUGGAAAUUCAACCAUCUUGUGUCCAGGCUUUAAGUGGGUGGGGUUUGCCUGGGGCUUCCCCGUACAAUGCAAUGACCAAUCAGAUUGAUCCAGCACUCCAAAUGAACCAACUUCUGCAGUAUUAUAAUCCUGGUAAUUAUGUCCCUCCAGUAAUUCGAAUUCCACAAGCUGUUGCUCCUCCCCUUGCCCCACCCACUAUUAAUUCUGUUACUACCUGCACUUUGUCACCACUACCUCAUACCACAAAUAGUCCUAGUAAUUAUGUCCCUCCAGUAAUUCCACAAGCUGUGGCUCCUCCCCUUGCCCCACCCACUAUUAAUCCUGUUACUACCUGCACUUCAUCACCACUACCUCAUACCACAACUCCUGAUUUUUGGUGUAAGAUAUUAUAUCAUGAACUGGCUAUUCCAGUUGGUGAGUGCUUCAAGGUCCCUGCUAAUAUUACCUCAGUGUCUGUGGACGGGUUUGUUGAUCCUUCUGCAGUUGACAGGUUCUGUCUGGGACGUUUAUCCAAUGUCCACAGAACAGAACCUAGUAAAAGGGUCAUAUCCCAUAUUGAGAAAGGAAUAGUUAUUGAGGAGAAGAAUGAGACUGAGGUUUGGAUCAGGUGUGUGAGUCGCCACUCAGUUUUUGUUCAGUCGAAUUAUCUUGACUAUCAAGCUGGACAAGCUCAAGGGGACGCUGUCCAUAAAAUAUACCCCAAUGCUUAUAUAAAGGUGUUUGAUUUGUCCUAUUGUUAUGAGGAGAUGCAGAAACAAGCUCGUAAAGCUUGUCUUGCAGUGGCUAACCAAACAGCAGCAGUAAGAGGUGAUUCCUUACAAACAGCCAAUAUAGAUCCUGAUCUGGCACGAAGUAUUGGUGUUGAUGACUUAAGACGACUGUGCAUCUUAAGAUUGAGUUUUGUAAAAGGAUGGGGCUCAGACUACAAGAGGCAGACCAUUAAAGAGACUCCGUGUUGGAUUGAGGUUCAUUUCAACCGUGCUCUUCAGCUAUUGGACUCUGUCCUAACCCAACUACCCUCAGAGUUCAAAAUACAGGACUCUGUCAAGCUAUAAAGUACUUAGUAACUCUGUAACCGUUAAAGACAAAUCAUUUAUGUUAAGACCCAAUUAUCACACCAUCAUAACAAUAUUAGUAUUAUACAUACAUGUAUGCAUAAUGUGCAAUUCUAUUAUAACUGUAUACUGAUUAUCAAUAUUUACAUUCAUACUAAUGCCUGUUUGGAUCCUCCAAUCAAGAAGAUGAUAUUGAACUCUCUCCUGAUUCAUUGCCAGAGUCUCAUCUUCAGCUUUAUGAUUUUGGACCUACUUAACUAUUGAUCAGUUGAGUGGAAGGAGAUGCACAUGAUUAUCAUAAUUAUAAACCAUUUUUUUAUUAUUUUGAAUAAUAAUGCAAGGCCU